AUGGCGGCGGCGACGGCGUCGCAGGGGUACCACCAACCUGCGACAAUCGAGGAAGUCCGAACCCUAUGGAUUGGGGAUUUGCAGUACUGGGUGGACGAGGCGUACCUCAGCCACUGCUUCGCCCACACCGGCGAGGUUCUCUCCAUCAAAAUCAUCCGCAACAAGAUGACGGGCCAACCCGAGGGUUACGGUUUCGUCGAGUUUGUUUCCCACGCGGCAGCGGAGCGCGUGCUUCAGACCUACAACGGCAUGCAAAUGCCCGGCACCGAACAGACCUUCAGGCUUAAUUGGGCUUCCUUCGGCAUCGGCGAGCGCAGGCCUGAUGCGGGCCCAGAACAUUCCAUCUUCGUGGGCGAUCUUGCGCCCGACGUAACCGAUUAUCUUCUCCAAGAAACCUUCCGGGUCCACUACCCCUCCGUUCGCGGGGCCAAGGUCGUCACGGAUCCCAACACGGGCCGUUCCAAGGGCUACGGCUUCGUCAAAUUCUCCGACGAGAGCGAACGCAACCGCUCCAUGACCGAGAUGAACGGCGUUUAUUGCUCCAGCAGGGCCAUGCGCAUUAGCGCCGCCACGCCGAAGAAGACCACCGCUGGUUACGCCGCGCCCGCGCCGGGGCCCAAACCGCUGUACCAGAUUCCGGCGUACACUGCCCCGGUUCAGGCCCAACAACCGGAGUAUGAUGUGAAUAACACUACCAUUUUUGUUGGAAAUUUGGACUUUAAUGUGUCUGAGGAGGAAUUGAAGCAAAACUUUCUUCAAAUUGGGGAAAUUGUCUCUGUCAAAAUUCAGCCUGGCAAGGGAUGUGGCUUUAUUCAAUUUGGGACUAGAGCAUCUGCUGAAGAAGCAAUUCAGAAGAUGCAGGGAAAGAUGAUAGGCCAACAAGUGGUUAGGAUUUCAUGGGGUAGAACCCUAUCUAGACAGGACGUAACUGGUGGAUGGGGACAACAGAUGGAUCCAAGUCAAUGGAAUGGAUACUAUGGGUAUGGGCAGGGUUAUGAAGGAUAUGCGUAUGGGUCUGCUCAAGAUCCUUCAUUGUAUGCAUAUGGUGCAUAUGCUGGCUAUGCGCAAUACCCCCAACAGGUUGAAGGUGGUCAAGACCAAUCGGGUAUGUCAGUGGGUGGCAUGGAACAAAGGGAGGAAUUGUAUGAUCCCUUGGCAAUGCCUGAUGUUGACAAGUUAAAUGAUGCGUACGUCUCAGUACAUGGAAAUGCCAUUUUAGGGCGAUCGCUAUGGCAAAAAUCCCGUUCCUCAUCCUUACACCAAACUUAA